CAGCCACUGCUGCCCCUUGGCCGACCGCCUAUAAGAGAGUUUGCGGUCUGGAAAGAGAGUCACAGUCUCUUUUUGCGUUCGACGUCUCGUUUUUUUGUGUCCCGCCCACUCUCCGGCAGGAUUCGCCCAGGUGCAAGGUUUCCUGGGCCUUCGACCUCAGGGCUGAAACUUUAUGCAGCCUCUGCCUCACCAUGUGCAUAAGGAGGCUUUUCCAGCCUUCCUCUCUCCACUGGGCAUGGAGGACUGCUGCCCUGAAGCACACCCUGGGCAGGCAGCAGGGAGCCUUCCGCUGGACACACUCUGGAAGCCGCAGCUACAGAGCGGUCAUCUUUGACAUGGGUGGAGUUCUCGUGCCUUCUCCAGGGACAGUGGCUGCUGAAUGGGAGGUGCAGAAUCGUGUCCCUCCUGGAACUAUACUGAAGGCGUUGCUCAGCGAUGGCGACAGUGGGCCCUGGAUGAGGUUUAUGAGAGGAGAGAUGACAAGAGAGGGCUUCCUGGAAGAAUUCGGGAAUCUGUGCUCCGAAAUCGCAAAGACUUCUGUGCCUGUGAGCUCCUUUUUCUCGCUGCUUACCAGUGAACAAGUGGCAAAGCAGUUCCCAGUGAUGACACAGGCCAUCUCUCAGAUCAGAGCAAAGGGCCUUCGGACUGCAGUGUUGACCAAUAAUUUUUGCCUUUCCAAUGGGAAAAGCUUUUUGCCCCUGGACCGGAAACAGUUUGAUGUGGUGGUGGAGUCCUGCCUGGAAGGCAUCUGUAAACCGGAUCCCAGGAUAUUCCAGCUGUGCCUGCAGCGGCUGAGCCUGCAGCCCUCAGAGGCCAUUUUUCUUGACGACCUGGGACUAAAUCUAAAAGCAGCUGCCAGCCUGGGCAUUCGCACCAUUAAGGUUGACAAUCCUGAGACAGCCGUGAAGGAGUUAGAAGCUCUUCUGGGUUUCCCGUUGCGUAUGGGUGUUCCCAACACUCGUCCUGUGAGGAAGACCAUGGAGAUUCCAGAAGAUGCCUUGGAGAAGUACCUCAGAGGCUUGCUGGGGACCAACUCCACAGGCCCCAUGGAGCUGCUUCAGUUUGAUCAUGGACAGUCAAAUCCAACAUACUUCAUCAGGCUGGCCGACCGUCAGUUGGUUCUGAGGAAGAAGCCCCCAGGGACCCUGCUUCCCUCUGCCCAUGCCAUAGAGAGGGAGUUCAGGAUAAUGAAAGCCCUUGGGAAUGCUGGUGUCCCUGUCCCCGCUGUCCUUAACCUCUGUGAAGAUUCAAGCAUCAUCGGCACCCCCUUCUACUUGAUGGAGUACUGCCCGGGCAUCAUCUACAAAGACCCCUCCCUGCCAGGCUUGGAGCCCAGCCGGCGGCAAGCCAUAUACACUGCCAUGAACCAAGUCCUGUGCAAAAUUCACAGCGUGGACCUGCAGGCCGUGGGCCUGGACAGCUUCGGGAAGCAAGGGGACUAUAUUCCUCGCCAGGUGCAAACCUGGACCAAGCAGUACCGAGCAGCUGAAACCAGCACCAUCCCAGCAAUGGAGAGGCUUAUCCAAUGGCUGCCACUGCACCUUCCCACACAACAGAGAACCACAGUGGUGCACGGUGACUUCAGGCUGGACAACCUGAUAUUCCACCCUGAAAAGGCAGAGGUACUCGCUGUCCUGGACUGGGAACUUUCCACCUUAGGGGACCCCUUUGCUGACGUGGCCUACAGCUGCAUGGCUCACUACCUGCCGUCCAGCUUUCCAAUGCUGAGAGGGUUCAGGGACCAGGACGUGACACAGCUGGGCAUCCCCACCGUGGAGGAGCACUUCCGGAUGUACUGUCUUCACAUGGACAUCCCACCCAUCGACAACUGGAACUUCUACAUGGCCUUCUCCUUUUUCCGUGUGGCUGCCAUUCUACAGGGAGUCUACAAGCGGUCACUCACCGGACAGGCAAGCUCAGCCACAGCUGAACAAAGCGGGAAGCUCACUGAGUCCAUGGCUGAGCUGGCAUGGGACUUUGCCACCAAAGAAGGGUUCCGGGUUUUCAAGGAGAUGCCAGCCACCAAACCACUAAUGAGAUCCUACCAUGCACGGGCUGGGCCGCUGCCCCCAAGGACCGUCCUGGGUGUGAGGAGUCACAGCACUAUAGCAGCUGCUUCCCCUUCUCACGAGGCAAAGGGAGGCCUGAUCAUCUCUCCAGAGGGCUUGUCUCCUCGGGUCAGAAAGUUGCAUGACCAGCUGUUGCAGUUUAUGGAGCAGAACGUGUACCCGCUGGAGAAAGAGCUGCAGAGACACCAGGCCUCAGCCGACAGGUGGACACCUUCCCCGCUGGUAGAGGAGCUCAAGGAGAAAGCCAAGGCUGAAGGGCUUUGGAAUCUUUUCCUACCCUUGGAGACAGAUCCUGAGAGAAAAUACGGAGCAGGGCUGACGAACUUGGAAUACGCUCAUCUGUGUGAAGUGAUGGGCAUGUCUCUGCAUGCUCCUGAGAUAUUUAACUGCUCUGCCCCCGAUACGGGGAAUAUGGAGAUCCUGGUACGGUAUGGCACCGAGGAGCAGAAGGCACGCUGGCUGCUACCUCUGCUGGAUGGCAGGAUCCGUUCCUGCUUCGCCAUGACUGAGCCCAAGGUGGCCUCCUCAGAUGCCGCUAAUAUCGAGGCUUCCAUCAGAGAGGAAGGUGGCUCCUAUGUCAUAAAUGGUCAUAAGUGGUGGAGCUCAGGCAUCAUGGAUCCUCGCUGCAAACUCUGUGUGUUCAUGGGAAAAACAGACCCCCAGGCCCCGAGGCACCAGCAGCAGUCCAUGCUCCUGGUUCCCAUGGACACUCCUGGAAUCAAAGUCAUCCGGCCUCUGUCAGUGUUUGGGUUACAGGAUCCUCCAGGUGGCCACGGUGAAGCACAGUUCACUGAUGUGCGUGUGCCCAAGGAGAACAUUCUUUUGGGCCCUGGCCGAGGCUUCGAGAUCGCCCAGGACCGGCUGGGGCCUGGCCGGAUUCAUCACUGCAUGCGGUUGAUCGGGUAUUCGGAGAGGGCCCUGUCGCUCAUGAAGACACGCGCGAUGUCCCGCACAGCCUUUGGGAAGCCUCUCUUGGAGCAUGGCACCAUCCUGGCAGACAUUGCCCAGUCACGUGUGGAUAUCGAGCAGGCACGCCUGCUGGUGCUGAAAGCUGCCCACCUCAUGGAUGUGGCAGGAAAUAAGGCUGCAGCUUUAGAUAUUGCCAUGAUCAAAAUGGUAGCCCCUUCCAUGGCCUACCAAGUGAUUGACCGCGCCAUUCAGGCCUUUGGAGGAGCAGGCCUAAACAGCGACUACCCCCUGGCUCAGUUCUUUGCCUGGGCCCGAGCCCUGCGCAUCGCUGAUGGCCCUGAUGAGGUACACCGGCUGACAGUUGGCAAGUUGGAACUGAAGAAUCGAGGCAGACUGCAGGAGCCAGUGGGGCCCAGAGUCUAGAUGCUGCGUUUGGAAAGGCCUGGCCAGAAGAGGGCACCAGAUCUCAUUAUAGAUCGCUAUGAACCACCAUGUAGUUGUGGAAAUUGAACUCAGGACCUCUAGAAGAGCAGACAGGG